AGGUUGGCUUGCAGUCAGCUUUGGUAAUUCUUCAAGGGAAUUAACUUUGCCAUCAGAAAUGGAGUAUAGGACUCAGUCACCACAUCCUGAAUGACCGAAUCCUUUAAUACAAAAUGGAGAAGAAACGUAGAAAGAAAUGAGCCUGUUUCUUAGGCUUUACCUCAAAAGACCAUGAAAUCUCUACUUGUUUUGGACCCAGCUUUAAGAAUAUCCACUUGAUCAGCACAGCGAAAGCAACGUUUACCGAAACAAAGAUGAACUAGUUUAUAAAGAAGAAAAUUGUGAUUUGCUUAUAUGGAAUUUUUGGAAUGAAACCAUUUUCUUCUAUGACCAUGAAGUUUGCAAACAUCUGGUUUGUUCUGGUUGUUAUUUUACUCUGUGGCAAAAAACACUUCAGUACCAGACUAGGGAAUUCCUCUCACGAGGCUCAUAUAUGUCCUGGAUGUUCUCGCCUUACUUUGGAAGUGGAAUUCACUUCAACAGUCGUGGAGCAUGAGUAUAUUGUGGCUUUUAAUGGAUACUUCACAGCUAAAGCUAGAAGUAAGUUUAUUUCAAGUGCACUAAAAAGUAGUGAUAUUGAGAACUGGAGGAUUGUACCUCGCAACAACCCAGCCAGUGACUAUCCUAGCGAUUUUGAAGUUAUUCAGAUCAAUGAGAAGCAGAAAGAUGGAGUACUGACACUGGAAGAUCAUCCAAACAUCAAGCGUGUAACACCUCAGCGGAAGGUCUUCCGGUCGCUCAAAUAUUCAGAGUCUGAUCCAACGUUGCACUGCAAUGAAACCAGAUGGACUCAAAAGUGGCAAUCAUCUCGUCCCUUGAGAAGAGCAAGUCUUUCCUUAGGUUCUGGCUUCUGGCAUGCAACAGGCCGACACUCAAGCAGGCGUUUGCUGAGAGCUAUCCCACGCCAAGUUGCUCAGACCUUGCAGGCAGAUGUCCUCUGGCAGAUGGGUUACACAGGUGCUGGUGUAAGAGUAGCGGUGUUUGACACUGGGCUGAGUGAGAAACAUCCACAUUUCAAAAAUGUAAAGGAGAGAACAAACUGGACUAAUGAGAGAACCUUGGAUGACGGUUUGGGCCAUGGGACUUUCGUAGCAGGUGUGAUAGCCAGCAUGAGAGAAUGCCAGGGAUUUGCUCCAAAUGCAGAACUGCACAUUUUCAGAGUGUUCACCAAUAACCAGGUCUCAUAUACAUCUUGGUUUCUGGAUGCCUUUAAUUAUGCAAUUUUAAAGAAGAUAGAUGUUUUGAAUCUAAGUAUUGGUGGACCAGACUUCAUGGAUCAUCCGUUUGUCGACAAGGUAUGGGAACUGACGGCUAACAACGUCAUCAUGGUGUCUGCGAUUGGAAAUGACGGCCCUUUGUAUGGGACUCUAAAUAACCCUGCUGACCAGAUGGAUGUGAUUGGAGUAGGUGGCAUUGACUUUGAAGAUAAUAUAGCUCGCUUUUCAUCUAGGGGAAUGACCACUUGGGAGCUGCCUGGAGGUUAUGGUAGAGUAAAGCCUGAUAUUGUUACGUAUGGCUCAGGAGUGAGAGGUUCUGGUAUGAAAGGUGGAUGCCGCUCUCUCUCUGGGACAAGCGUAGCAUCUCCUGUGGUGGCAGGUGCUGUUACUUUGUUAGUGAGCACAGUUCAGAAGCGUGAAAUGGUGAAUCCGGCAAGUAUGAAGCAGGCACUUAUUGCGUCAGCACGUAGACUUCCUGGAGUCAACAUGUUUGAACAAGGACAUGGCAAGUUGGAUCUUCUGAGAGCUUAUCAGAUCCUCAACAGCUAUAAACCACAGGCCAGUUUGAGUCCAAGCUAUAUUGACUUGACGGAGUGUCCCUACAUGUGGCCCUAUUGUUCCCAGCCCAUAUACUAUGGAGGGAUGCCAACCAUUGUCAAUGUUACUAUCCUUAAUGGUAUGGGAGUCACUGGGAGAAUUGUAGACAAG